ACAAGAAUUUGAAAAAAGUUGGGUUAUCACUUCGACUUUUCUUUAUCCAUGUUGAAAAUGCCUUUUUGAAUUGUUUUGAAGUGAAAUAUUGCUAAUUUGAUAAAUUCAUAACGUUAUUAAAGAAUUUUUUAUUGAAAAAGUCUGCUACCGAGCAUGCUUAGAAAAUAGAGCAAUUGCUUGGAGAUUUGCCGAGCAAUUGCUUUAGAUUCGAGCUUUAUUCAUACCAAACUAGCUUGUUCUAAAAGUAAAAGCUCCUGACUGAGAAAACAGCUGUCAAAAAAACUUUAUUCAUAACAACCGAAGCAAUUGCUUUAAGCGACUGCUCGACUGCUCGAUUUAGUUUAGCAAAAGCAAUUACUAGGUUUUUUUCAUACCACCCGGUAUACUAUGUAAAUAAAUAAUAAUGAUUAAAAAAAAAAUAUUAUGACGAUUGUUCAUUACUACGCUAUAAGCACUCCGUUCGUCAACAAGCUGGAUCCCGAUCCGGACGAUCAUCUGUGGACCACAUCACAACGCUACGCUUUAUACUGAAACAUAUCGACGAAUUCCAGGACUCUCUUCGGCUUGUGUUGGGCUGCAUGAAAACAUUUGGGCUGCAAUAAUCUAAUCUUAUUGUAGUGAUAUUAGUGCUAUUAGUUAAGUCUGCAAGUGACAAUAGUAAAGACAGCAAAUUGGACAAAAACGACCGCCUUGGCCAUCCAUAAGCUGGUUGAGGUUUCCCUGUUGGGAGUGGAGCGCGUCCUCAUAUCCAAAGGUGGAAAAUGUGGUUCACUCGUUGGAAAUCUUCGAGACUUGCAGAAAAUGUUCCGCAUGGACCACGAGGUGUAGUGAAACUGGCACCCGUAAGAAGCUGAACAGCAACGAUGUUAGCAAGCACAACUGGCACCUCCUCUAGUAUCCACCUAUCGAUAAGUCCAAAUCCAGACGGAAACCUCGAGGAAUGGUGCAUUGUUGAGCUGCAAGGUGAUCUGGAAGUUCGAGGGGAUCGCGAUAUGGCUGGCCAGUUUAUCGGAGACCUUCUGUACAACAAAUACGGGCAACCUAUUUUGAUCAUAGGGCAUCACAUACUGCAUGGUCGUUUGCAGAAGGUGGAUAAGCCGUUGUUGGUUAUGGAAAAGACCGAAAUCUGUCGAACUCGAACCGUCAAUCAGCGAGACGAUGAGGAAGAUGCAGAUAAUGCUACCAUGCUGGACGUUAGCCAAGUAAGUCAACUGGAUAGCACAAUGGCGUCGUCAAAUCGAACCGUACUGGAUUCAACGCUAGCAGUGGAGCACAAAACAGUGCCGAAAACGGAAUACCAGGUAAGAGCAGUUGUUAAAUAUAAAGUUCUGUUCAAAUCCCGACCGAAACCCAUUAUAGCAAACGUAGCGAAAUCGGUUUAGUUCUUCCUUAAAAUAGUUCUUUUAUUAGAGUUAAGGGCACAUUAAAGAUUAAAAACGUUCACAAAAUAUUCAAAUCAAA